AUGACCAAGUUCACGCACGUGCGAGAUUGGCCCCUGCUCGAGUCUGCGCUCUUCGUGCUCAUGUCGUAUGCCGCCUUCCUCAUUGCGGAAGUGUGCGAACUCACAGGCGUUGUGGCAGUACUGUUCUGCGGAAUAUGCCAGGCGCAUUACACUUACAACAACCUAUCAGCCGACUCCCGCAACCGCACCAAGCAGCUCUUCGAACUGCUGAACUUCCUCGCCGAGAACUUCAUCUUCACCUACAUCGGAGUCUCAAUGUUCACCUUCCCGAAGCAUCACUUCGAUCCGUGGUUCAUCAUCGCUGGAUUUAUAACGUCAACACUCGGUCGAGCAAUUAAUAUCUACCCGUUGUCGUUCCUGCUGAACCUGGGAAGGAAACCACCGAUACCGAUGAACUUCCAACAUAUGCUGUUCUUCUCUGGCCUCCGCGGGGCGAUGUCUUUCGCCCUGGCGAUACGCAAUACGGUAUCUGAGGCGCGGCAGGCGAUGCUGACCACCACUUCGCUAAUCGUCAUCGCAACGGUCGUUCUGCAAGGGGGCGCUGCCACUCAUGCUCUCGCCUACCUCCGGAUACCCACCGGACAAGGACAAAAUGAUGAAAACGAAGCUCUGCCUUAUCGCGAUGUAAGAAGUCUGUACCAGGCCACGGACUCUGGCAGACCGAAUGGCAGCAUGGUAGUUAAGUGGGGCAAAGGAGACAAUGGAGUGAUAAUGCCUUGGCAACUUAAUAGACUCACAGAAACACCGCGCGGUAGUGGUGACGGCGGGGGCGAGAAGGGGCGCCUUGCCCGACUUUGGGGCGCAUUGGACUCGAGACUGUUGAAGCCCCUGCUGACACACGCGCGCCCCCCCCUCACGGAGACGCUGCCGUCUUUCCUGAGACCGCUAGCCCGCGUAUUGACUACCACGCGACAGUAUACACAGGGGGAAAAUAAUCUGCACAGAACUGACUCGGAUUCCGAUCUAUGUAUUGAUGAACCGCAACCAGUGCCUACUAAUAUAGAUCCUCAGCUAUCUUAUAAUAUUCGGAAUGGAUUUGGAAAUGUC